AUGCGCCCGAUCGCCACCCUCCUCAUCAGCCUGCUUGCCCCCGCGGUUCUAGGCCUCGCGAUCCCUGCCCCCAAGAACGCCGCCGAGGUCCGCACCACCGUCCCCACCACCGCGGGGGACCGCCGCCGCAGCCCGUCGGUGGAAGGCGCCGGGCAGUCGGGCGGCGACGACGACGACGCGAUUGCGUAUGCGUGGUAUGAAGAGGACAAGGAGAGUGCUUAG